ACACGGCAACGACUUGUUUCCCUUGCCUUGGUUGGAUCAGAUCCAUUUGCCGUUGUUGACCUUCUCUUUGUUCUCUAUCUCACAGUUGGUUCUGUGGUUGAUCGUACCGUAGUAAUAAAAAAGAGCACCACUAGUAGUUCACCAUGAGUAAUAUCAAUGGGGGCAACGCCCGAAGGAGCAUGAUGUCCUCUGUGGACUUUUACCGACGCGUUCCCAAGGAUCUCACAGAGGCUACCACACUGGGUGCGUUCAUGUCGGUGUGUGCCAUUUCGGUAAUGGCGGUCCUCUUUUUUUCCGAGACGUUGGCUUUUGCUCGGACCAAGAUUGUGACUUCCAUUUCGGUGGACGAAAACACGGAACCACAGAUACGGCUCAACUUUAAUAUAACCAUGCUGGAUCUGCACUGUGACUACGUAUCGGUCGAUGUCUGGGAUGCCCUUGGAACCAAUCGUCAAAAUGUUACCAAGAACGUGGACAAGUGGCAAAUUGAUUCCGAAGGACAACGACGGAUUUUCAGUGGACGCAACCGUGAAGCGCGUGAUUUGGUCCAUGAUGAACACGACAGGACUCUAGAGGAAAUGCAUGCUGAAGAUGGAGUUCAUGCCGUUGAACUUACAGAAGGAAACUUUGAUGAAUUCAUGCAAGCCAAUGAUAUGGCCUUUGUCGAUAUGUUCGCACCCUGGUGUGUCUGGUGUCAGCGUCUUGCUCCCACUUGGGAAAAAUUUGCACAGGAAGUCAAAAAGGAAAACAUGCCCAUUGGAGUUGGAAAAAUCGAUUGUAUGGCACAAGCCAACUUGUGCCGCAAGCAAAAGAUUAUGGCAUUUCCCACUCUUCGAUGGUUCCAAAAUGGAGAAGCCGUCACUCCUGAUUACAAAAUGGAUCGUACUGUCGAUGCCUUGGUCGGGUUUGCCAAGCGAAAAUUGGAAAUGGAUGAACGUUACAAAAAGUGGCAAGAACAGGCGGGAGAUGGCGCCGACGAGGAGAAAAAGCGCAAGUUGUUCCAAAACAGUCGUCCCGAACAUCCCGGAUGUCAAGUAUCCGGACAUCUCAUGGUCAACCGUGUGCCUGGAAACUUUCACAUUGAAGCCAAGUCCAAGAACCACAAUCUCAAUGCAGCCAUGACCAACUUGACACACCGCGUCAAUCAUCUCAGCUUUGGUGAUCCCAUUGACGAAAAGAGCCGAAAGGCAAAACGCAUCUUGAAACAGGUUCCAGAAGAGCACAGGCAGUUUUCCCCCAUGGAUGCUCAAAUGUACCACACUUCGGAGUUCCAUCAGGCGUAUCAUCAUUACAUCAAAGUGGUGUCUACUCAUCUCAACAUGGGAGCGGCCGGAAGUGCCAAUGCCAUGGUCACCUACCAGUUCUUGGAGCAAUCUCAAAUUGUCUACUAUGAUGUCAACAAUGUGCCGGAAGCUCGCUUUUCGUAUGACUUGAGUCCCAUGAGUGUGGUGGUGGAGAAGGCGGGACGCAAGUGGUAUGAUUAUCUCACGUCGUUAUGUGCUAUCAUUGGAGGAACCUUUACAACGCUCGGUUUGAUAGACGCCACACUCUACAGAGUGCUCAAGCCAAAGAAGCUAUAGUGCGGUGGUUGGUGGUGCAUGCAUGGGCUAUAUCAUAUCGAAAACAGCAACGACAAACAAUCCUUCUUUAGAGGCGUCGCGGUUCGUGUUAGUUAAAUCAUUUCAUACCUUUACUUAGAAUGCAUCUUUGUUUUGGGCAGUGCAAGAACUUGUCAGUAUAAUAGUCAGUCCAUUCUUUCAAGCCGUUGCGAAAGCCGUCUUUCGAGAUCUUUCAUUUUAUGGGAUUCUUCAAUCGC